AUGUCCUUUUCCAACAAUGUCAACGAGCCCAUCUCACCGCCCAUGCGAGGAAGGAAUUUCCAGGUCAUCCAUCUGCGGAACCCCAGCUUUUCCAGCAACGGAACAGAAUCAUUCGACAUGCUCGGUAUCUACCCAAGUCUCGCGACAGCACAACGCAUAGCCAUCCGGGCGCUCGAAUAUGCACUCGAUGGCUGUCGGAGGAGGGGGUAUCGAGGUCGGUAUGCUGAUGAAAUCGAUCUUCAGUUGAGGGGCUUGAUCACAGUACUUGUUGAAGAUUCGCAAGACGAGAUUCCUUUGAGCGAGUUCCAUAUUCACGAAGUUUACCUGGAACCCAACCGUGAAGAAAGAGACAAUCGCUCGCACUUGAUAACAAGAUCGACAAUACAGCCGCCAUGUUUCGACGAACAAGAAAUCUUACGCAUCGUCAUUGCUGAACACUGCUGGGUUUCCGAAAAUAGACCUGAGUGGUCGCAAACGCGCACCCCGUGGCCCAGUAGACGUGAUGACGGGCCUUUCCGGACACAAUACCAUUCAACCUACGAAAAUACAUUUGCACUUGCAAAUAAUACAAUUUUACGAGACGGAGUGACGGAUGCACGAGAGGAGGAGGUCAGAUUCCGUGUAUCAGGCUGA